CGGGAGACCGGCACGAUCGGUUAUCGAUCGCCUCACCCCAGCACGUGAAAGCAGGUUUUCUGCGUUUUCCUUCCUGAUCAUUAUUUAGCAUCUGAGACAUGUUUUCUGUCUCUUUUCUUGAACACUUGUACUUCGUCUUUCGCUGAAGACAUUCCUCAAAUAUCGGUUUCGACCCAACUCAUUCUUUAUUCUUCCUUCUACCGUUUCGCAUAUACUCUUCACUACCGCGCAACCAUGUCUAGGCAUCCCUUGCAGCGUGUCGCCUCUCCAUCGCGGAGUCUUUCCGCCCUCAUACACUUACUGGGCAUGGCUUCAUUCAUGGCGAGCUUCAGCUACCUGCGGCUGUUUCCGCGGGAGCUUCACCUCGGGUUUGGAGGAGAGUUCAAGUUCCUGACCAUCAUUGGCCUGGGUCUAGCACUUGUCACGUUUGCAGUUGGCUUGCUUGCGGAUCUGACCCUGAACCCGAGCCUGUUCAGGAUCAAGAAUGUCCUCUCGGUCUGUUCUGCGCCCUUGGCCGUUCUCAUAAGCACCCUUUACUGGGGCAUUUGUGCCAUUAAUAAGAACCUGGUUGUGCCGCCCGACAUGGCCAUUCCCGUUCUCCCAGAUGUAGGAUUCCAUGCCAUGCCGGCCGUCAUGCUGACGCUGGAUUUGAUGCUCCUGAGCCCCCCGUGGACGGUCAGAGGAUACGGUGCCAUGACUAUCAGUAUGACCAUAGCAUUCCUUUACUGGGGCUGGGUUGAACUCUGCUUCUCGAAGAACGGAUGGUAUCCGUACCCGAUUUUCGAAAUUCUCAACACCUGGCAGCGAGUCCUGUUGUUUACCUUUUCGGCGCUGUUGAUGACGGGUAGCACAAUGGCUUUGAAGUGGGUCUAUGGCAAGAUCAACGGCAUCGACAAGUUCAAAAAUGAUGCUUUGCACCCCCUCAAAGACGAGUAGGUAUUGUAAACAGUCGGUUGUCGUUGUGAAGAACAUCCAAAAGCGAGCUCGCCGGUGCCCAGGCGCCGAUAAUCGGACUGAGUGGGUCCUCC